CAACGAACCAGUGCGUUACAGUGAAGCGGGUAGAGAAGAGCUUCAGCAGCAGCAGCAGCUCCGGCUCCAGCUCCAGUGACGGUAUAGAAGCAGCAGAAGCAGAGGCCUCUCCAAGUGCAAGCAGGUAGCAGCAGCAGCAGCAGCAGCCGCAGUAAGCCGUGCAAUUGAAAUAAAGUGCAGCGGAAGCUAAGAGCUAAAACCUACACCACCACCACCGCCGCCAUCAUCUUCAUCCCCCCUUUUGUGUGUGUGUGCGUGUGUGUGUGUGUUGGGGCGCGUAGCGCUACGGCGACGACGACGACGAGCAAGGAGAGGUGUGUGCAAGUGCAUUUUGUUUUAUGAAAUUUUCCACUCCCCCUCCCCCAUUGAUUCCAUCACCAACCAGCAGCGCCAUCUUCUCCCAGUGAAAGUUGUGUGUACGUGUGCGUGCGUGCGUGAGUGUGUGUGCGGGCGUGGAUACAGAUGCAACAACUCCUCCAAAUCGCCGCCGCCUCAACCGCCAUCUUCCGCCAAUUCCGCCGGAAUAGCGUUAAAACUCGCGCGUUUAGUGAAUUGUUUUAUUAAAAGUAUUUUGGGGUUCUAUUUUUUUUUGCUUUCGCCGCGUGUGUUUGUGUGUUGUGAGGGCCUGCAGUUGCAGUGACUGCAAUUUAACAAAAGUGCAUCUCUCGUGCAUUCACUUUUUGCGCGAAAAGCCCGCGCGCGCGUGUGUUUUUUAGUGAAUCAGUGGCGCAAAAAGAAAGAAUAGUAUAAUAGUGUCGUUGCGUGUGAGGAAUUGUGCAAUCUAGUGUUUUUUUCGGCGGUGGGAGUCACUUCUCCUUACGCAUCAAAAAGUGGAGCGAGUGUGUGUGUAUGUGUUGCUGUUCUGUUCUGCUGCAUCCUUCUCUUUCCGUGGAGAACAGGGACGAGAAGUGUUUAAAAGGAACGUUUUUGUGCAGUGAGGGAGAGACGCGCGAUUUUAUAAACAAUAACACACGACAUACACACACAUAACCGUUUGAUAUAAUCAACCGCGUGUGUCUGUCGCGUGCAUUUUUUACUUACAAAAAAGCCUCCACUCCCCGUGUCAGCACCAGUGGCGCACCAAUGAAAACACUCAAAGUGUUUCGGGCCAGUUUGUUGGAAUCGGGCGCGUUAAGUAAAAAGGCAACAGCAGUGUCCGCCACCAGCAGCAGCAGCAGCAGUCAGCGGCGGCAUACCCAAUCGUAGAUUCGAUUGAUGUGAUUUUAUUAGUUUUGUAAUAUUUUAUUAUAUAUCCAGAUGAUCUCACAGACGAUUGCAGUGAAGAGUAAUAAUCCCACCGGCAGUAGCGAUAAGCUGUGUUAGUUUGUGUGCUAAAGCCACACACACACAUAUUGUCCCUGCCUCCCAAUACUAACCCGUGAUAAUCGUGUUAGCGAGGGCCACUACUAUACUACUAUCCCUGUGCGAACGGUUCUCCUUCCCGUGUUCUCUGUGCGUUCGCACCUUCGCGCACCUGGUAUAAUCACUGGUGUGUGAGUGAGCUUUUGUGUGUGUCCUUUCGCGAGAGUAGGACCGGCGGCGCCGGCCCACUCUUCCCAAAAAACACCCCAACAACCCCCUUUCCGGGUAGGUUACCCGUGACCUUUUUCCGGUUGGCGCGGCAGUUCCGGCACCAGCAGGUGUUGGAACACAAAAGGCGCCAUCAUUCCUUCCACAAUAGGGUCGUCACACCUCACCAACCUGUCUGGCCCUGCUGCUACUCAUAGUAGCAGGGGCAGCACAGGUCACCUUCCUCCACCCCCGGGGUCGCACCUUCAGCAACUCCACGGGUCUGGAGUCCUUACGGAUCAUACAAAAUUACAGUAUUUGGGCAACAUGCAGGUGCAUCCCGCACACAGUGGCAGUGGAGGGCAUCAUCCGCCACCGCCGCCCACCCAGGGACCGCCCCAGUCCGCCCAUCCGCCACCGCCCCAGCCGAUUCCGAUCGUGAAGCCGGAGUUCAAGGUGCCCCCGAUACCGGCCCACCUGAUGGAUGUGCGCGGACCGGACGGCUCCCUGGUCAAGAUCAACAUGCCGGAGCAUCACGAUCCGAGCAAGCCGCCGAACAACGUGGAAAUGCUGAAGGUGAACAUCGAGGAUCUCAGCCAGUUUCUGUCGUACCACGAGGUGUUCGGCAAGCUGCCCUCCGACAUGCUGACCGGCCCGUCCGCCAGCCUAGUGCCAUCAUCCUCCACCAACACCGCUACGACCAGUGCGCAUAGCAAUGGUAAAUUAAAUCACAUCCGUCCGGGGCCUACGGGCGAAUCUCCAUUCAAAUGUAGCUACUGCGCGAAAAGCUUCACCCGUAAGGAACACCUGACUAACCACGUUCGCCAGCAUACCGGUGAAUCGCCUUACCGAUGUCCGUACUGCGGUAAAACGUUCACCCGAAAGGAACAUCUAACGAACCAUGUCAGAUUGCACACAGGCGAAACACCCUACCAGUGCACAUACUGCGGGAAGAAGUUUACGAGAAAAGAACACCUUACCAAUCAUGUCAGAUUGCAUACCGGCGAAACUCCAUUUCAGUGCACUUACUGCGAGAAGAAGUUCACUCGCAAAGAGCAUUUGACUAAUCACACGAGGUUGCACACCGGCGAGACUCCUUUUCAAUGUUCUUACUGUCAGAAAAAGUUCACGCGGAAAGAACAUUUAACAAACCACGUCAGGUUGCACACCGGCGAGACACCUUUUCAGUGUUCUUAUUGCCAGAAGAAGUUCACUCGCAAAGAACAUUUAACGUACCACGUCAGGUUGCACACCGGCGAGACUCCCUUUCAAUGUUCUUACUGUCAGAAAAAGUUCACGCGGAAAGAACACUUAACGAACCACGUCAGGUUACAUACCGGCGAAACUCCUUACCAGUGUACCUACUGCGACAAGAAAUUCACUCGCAAAGAGCAUUUAACCAACCAUGUCAGAAUACACACUGGAGAGACUCCCUAUCGGUGCACGUAUUGUGAGAAGAAAUUUACCCGAAAAGAACGUUUAACGUAUCACAUAAGAUGGCAUACGGGAGAGACACCGUACCAUUGCACGUACUGCGAGAAAAAGUUCGCCCGCAAAGAGCACCUUACUAAUCACGUCAGAUUGCACACAGGAGAGACCCCUUAUCAAUGCACAUAUUGUGAAAAGAAAUUCAGUAGAAGAGAGCGUUUAACGAUUCACACAAGAAUCCAUACCGGAGAGACUCCGUACGCAUGCACAUAUUGUGAUAAAAAAUUUAGCCGCAAAGAACGAUUAACGUAUCACAUAAGAUUACACACCGGAGAAACUCCCUAUCAGUGCACGUACUGCGAGAAGAAAUUCACUCGCAAAGAGCACCUUACAAAUCACGUCAGACUGCACACCGGAGAAACUCCCUAUCCGUGCACGUACUGUGAAAAGAAGUUCACGCGCAAAGAACAUCUUACCAACCAUGUCAGAUUGCACACCGGCGAGACCCCUUAUCAGUGUACCUAUUGUGACAAGAAAUUCACGCGCAAAGAGCAUUUGACUAAUCAUACAAGAUUGCACACCGGAGAAACUCCUUAUCAUUGCACCUAUUGCGAGAAGAAAUUUAUGCGCAAAGAACAUUUAAAGAACCAUAUCAGAUUGCAUACCGGAGAAACUCCGUACCAAUGUACGUACUGCCAGAAGAAAUUCACGCGAAAAGAGCAUUUAACAAACCACACCAGAUUGCAUACGGGCGAAACUCCUUACCAGUGUUCUUAUUGCCAGAAGAAGUUCACCCGCAAAGAACAUCUCACAAAUCACGUCAGGCUGCACACCGGCGAGACUCCCUACACGUGUACCUAUUGUCAGAAGAAGUUUACGCGUAAAGAGCAUUUGACGAAUCACGUCAGAUUGCACACUGGCGAGACUCCCUUCCAGUGCACGUAUUGCCAGAAGAAAUUUACGCGAAAAGAACAUUUGACCAACCAUACCAGAUUACACACCGGUGAGACUCCGUAUCAUUGCACCUAUUGCGAGAAGAAGUUCAUGAGAAAAGAACACCUUACGAACCAUAUCAGAUUGCACACCGGAGAAACUCCCUAUCAGUGCACGUAUUGCGGGAAGAAAUUCACCCGAAAAGAGCAUUUAACAAAUCAUGUCAGAUUGCAUACCGGAGAGUCUCCCUAUCGGUGUUCGUACUGUAACAAGUCAUUCACCAGAAAAGAGCACCUCAAGAAUCACGUCAGACUGCAUACGGGGGACUCACCGCACAAAUGUGAGUACUGCAACAAAACGUUCACGCGGAAGGAGCAUCUCAACAAUCACAUGCGUCAGCACAGUGGAGACAAUCCGCACUGUUGCAAUGUGUGCAACAAGACCUUCACGCGGAAGGAGCAUCUGAUCAACCAUAUGAGUCGAUCACACACCGGAGAGCGCCCCUUUCAGUGUGACGAGUGUGGCAAAUCUUUCCCGCUGAAGGGCAAUCUGCUGUUCCACCAGCGCAGCCACACCAAGGGCCAACCGAUGGAUCGUCCGUUCCGGUGCGACAUGUGUCCGAAGGAUUUCAUCUGCAAGGGCCACCUGGUGUCGCACCAGCGGUCGCACACGGGCGAGAAGAACCACCACUGUCCGCAGUGCAGCAAGUCGUACGUCGAGCGGGGCAACAUGCUGCGGCACAUGAAGAAGACGCACCCGGACGCGGUCAUUCCGGUGCUGCCGAAGCUGCCCCACAUCAAGGUCGAACCGAAGUCUACCGUAUCUCAGCCCGCGUCCGUGGUGACGUCGCCGGCUCAGGCCACGUCAACAAUAACGUCGAUUAUCUCCAACAAUACUCAUCCAUCGCAGCAUCAUCAUCACAUUCAACCGAAAAUGGAACAGAAAUCUCAGAUACAUCAUCUUCCGCUUCCUCAUCAGCAUCCAGCUCACCAGCUGCACCACCACAUCUCGGCGGGCCCCCCGCCGCCGCCGCCAUCGAUGCAUCUGCCGCCGCCAAAUCCGCAGUUGGCAGCGCUCGCCCUCCAUCAUCAGGUCCAGCAGCAUCAGCAGCAGCAACAACAGCAGCAGCAACAGCAGCCGCAAUCUUCGCCUUCAACGGUACGAACCCAGCCAUCCCCUCGUACAUCACAUCCGCCGCCGCCGCAUCCACAGCAGCAGCAACCGCAGCAGCAGCCGCCGCCGGAAAGCCACCAGCAACAGGGACCGGUCCCAGCUGGACCCCUUCCACCUCAGCACCAUACGGUCCCGGUUACUAUUAUAACCCAUGCUGGAAGCAUUAAUCCGGCCAACAUGCCGGUGGUGGACGGUGGGCCAGCUAACGGUCGGGUCGGGGCGAUCCAGAUGCAUCAUCUCGCCGCGGCCCAGCAGUCGGCCGAGGAGCAUUCGGUGGUUUAUUGAAACAGCGGCAUCGGUGGUGGUGGUAGUGGAGGCGGCGGUGUCAGCGUAGGCGGUAGUACUGCUGGUACAGGAAACAGUAGCCGAGGUGGAAGAGCAAGUGGCGGAGGCGGCAAUAAUAAGGCAGGAGCGACAGCAUCAGCAUCAGCAUCCCGUAUCGGUAAUAUAGAGCUGAUUGUGCCAACGGUUACCACCGCGAGCGGCGGCAGUAUGCUAGCAAGAGCAAGUGCCACCAUCACCGGCAGUAGUAGUGGUGCUAAUGUAGUUGCUAAUCAUGCGCCCUUGCUUCUUGAUCCGCCGCAUGUUGCCACCGACGGGCAGCAGGAGUAUCAACAUCCGAUCGCGCUGAUGCCUUUGCUGCAGCAGCAACAGCAACAGCAGCAGCAGCAAAACCUUGCGCAAGCACUGACGCUGCAACUGUCACAUCAGCAGCAGCAGCAGCUAUUCAAGUCAGAACACAACAAAACACUAACCCAGCUGUAGAAUUUGAUGUAAUAAUAGCGGAGGUAGAGAAGGAGGAUCAAUCCAGAUGGAGAAUAAGCAGCUUGUUUUCAUUUUUUGCUAGUGUUAACUGCGAGUUUCUAUAACUUCUUUUUAUGGUAGCAUACAUUUUUAUUACGGUUUCUCGGUGCAGUUGAAUUUGUUUGUCGCGCUUCUACCCCUUGUAAUGGGGUAGCAUUCAUGCUGCAGACUGUGCAGCGCAAAAGAGAAUAUGAAUUAAAUGCGACAUUGAAGCGAAACUUAACGUGUACACGUCGAGUGGAGCUCAAAUUUUGGCACACACAGUGAGAGAGAUAGCACGCUCUAUACUAUUUCCGGUUGGGCAAAACGAGUGACUAGUACAUAACAAAAUCAGCUUGUGCAGUCAAUAUAAACGUGACUCACAAACACACAGUCAAACACAACAGUGCUCGAUUGGUUCAAAAACAUGAUUGAAGGGAACUUGUUUACAGUGAGUGACAAGCAGAAUAAUAAUUGUUUAAAAUUUGUUUUCUUUACUUUUUUCCAAGUUGUUGUGUGGAAAAUAUAACAACCAUGAGGAAAACACUGCACUCGAAAGGAGGAGAAACACAAAAAAGUACAGAAGUAUGCAAUUAGUAGUUUUAAAUAGUAGUGAAGAAAAAAAAAUAGUUCGUAAAGGGAUGAAUACGCUAAGUUUAAUAAACACAAAACAUAAUACAUAAGCGGUAGUGAGUAAUAAAAACAACAAUAACAACAACAACAAAAAAUACACAAAAAAAGAUGAAUUACACAAACCACAUGUGCAACGUAAACAUGAAGUAACAAACAAAUACCAGUAAAUGAAAUGUACAGUUGUGUAAAACAAAGCAGAUAACUGUUAAAGAAGAGGAGAUGUAAACGAGCAUAAAUAUUAACAUUGUAUAAUUAAACGCAGUGGUGUGUGUGUGUGUGGUGGGCGUUGAAAGUUAAAUAAGUAUAGCAACGAGUUGGAUGCAAGAAGCUCUCGUCUGUAAUUAAAUAAUAAAACAUGAUUUAAAGCAGAUACGAACAAACGUAGAUAAUAGUGCGAAACAGAGAAGAAAACAGAGAAAAGAAUGUGCAAAAAAAAAGAAGCAAACACAGUUUAAAAACAAAAACAGCUGCAGCAAACGCGUGCGCGCAUCUCUUAUAUUAGGUGCGGUGUAUUUUUUUAAAUGUAACCCAACAGCAGCAGUACGGGCGUGUGUAGCAAGCAUAUGAAGUAUAAAACGUAGAAGUAAAAUGUGAGUUAUUGAACUAAAAUUAUAUACACAUAAAUCUAUAUAUAUAUAUACCAAGCUAUAUCUUUAUAUAUAUACACAGAUAGAAAACUCACAAGAAAUAGGUGAAGCGCGAGCAGAGCAAAACAACAUAUUUGUGGUCGCAUUAAAAGAGAGAGAGAGAGGGAGAGAAAAGGUACGAGAUAAUAACUAACCAGAUAUACAAAACAAGUCGAUAUCAAAUAUCGAAAAAAUGCGCGAUACUAAACGUGUUUUACAUGUAAAAAAAACACAGACACAAACACACACUCACAUUGCAGGAGCAUGUGGGACUAGGAUGAUAGUUGCAACAAAAAAAAACAAAACAAAACAAACAGAUUUCGAGGCGACAUUUAGCAACACCCUUGCCCCCCCAACCAGCCUCUACCACCACAGUGAAUUAUUUCCUGCGCCCUCUUGUUCGUUUCUGCGUCCUUCACUAGCCAACGCAAGGGAAGUGGCACGGGUAAAAGCACUCUGUCGCAAUUACAGAAUUGUUGCUCUUGUCUUAGACAGUUACACCUUACUCUACCCGCUCCCACUUCCAGAAAGGUUAUUAGCGCAGGGCCCCCAUAUAUUUGCUUUGCCAGAACGCAAAUCUUUAUAUAGAGGUUUACAUUCAUAUAUAUAUACUUAUACAUAUAUGUGUGUAGUGAGAUGAAAGCAAAAGAGAGGAAGGGGUUUGGUGUUCGGAACUAUGUUCUGAUUUUAACAAAACAACAACAAAAUGUAGAAGUAAAAGGUAAAAACUUUCGGUAAAAAUAAAUGGCAACAGUGAAAAUGCAAUGCGGGAAAACAAACAAACCACACUCACCAGAAUAAUUAUACAAAAUCAUGCAAAUUAUAAGAUCGUUCAGUUUUGCGUUAGAUAAUACGCACUGGGAGUGGUGAAGCAAAAUUAGUAAAAUAAAAAAAAGAAGAAGACCCAUGAUGAGAAUCAAUACCUAAUCUUAACACAAUUGUUGAAAUAGAUGAAAUAGUGUGAGAAAUAAACAAAGUAAUCUUAAACAAACGAACAGCAGUAAUGGACAUGUAGCAACAGCACGCGCAAACACGGCAAAGGGGGUAGCAUUUUGCUGUAAACGUGUGUAUGUGUGUGUGCGUGUUUAGAAAGAACCUUCGCCAAACCGUUGUGGUGGAAUAGGAGGGCAAACAUCAGUCACACCGGGUGUUGUAGGAGGAAACAGUUGACACACUAGCGCAAUCUCUCGUUAGUACGUACCUACUACUACACAUUACUGCAAUGACCGAUCAAUCAACAAUGCUCUCCCCCCGCCCCGUUGUGCUAUGUCGGAGCUGUUUUUGGUUAACAUCCUUCUUCCUACCCGCUCCUUUUGCCGUGUGCGCACUUCAGCGAAAUACAAAUGUAAUAGUAGUGUGCUAAAAGUUACAAAACCGCGCAGGAUGAAGAAAACAAUAGCAUAAGGAAAAUUCAAACACCGUGUAGUGUGUAGAGAUACUGUUGGUUGGGGGGAAGAAGACUUUUUUACAAACGUUGUUAAAGCUGCAACAAAAAAUGAACCCCUCUUAAUGUAGACCACAGGUUAGAGACAUAUACCAUGCCCCCUAGUGGUUUUAUAAAAGUGAAACAUACACACAUACAACACAAACCUAGAAACGAGAGAGAGAGAGAGAGAGAGGAAACUCAACUUUCGCGGGUGGAAAAUAGUACAACUUUAUUUAAAGUGUUUAAGGUAAAACGAAACAAAGUAAAUACAAGUGUAACAUUUAACAAUGUUACAACAAGCAGAAGAACAGUAGCGAAGGAGAAUUAACGAAGUGGAAAGAUAAAUUUAAAGAGGAAAAAUACACAGACACACACACUGGCUUUUAACGUGAUUAUACGAUAAGAGGAACAAUUCGCGUACAAGAGAAAGGGUACACUAACACAUUCAAUACAAACACAUACACACAUCCACACUACAUUAAUAGUUGUUUUUGAGUUUGAGAAUCUCAGCUGUGUCUAUAUUUAACCAGGACCCACAAUUCUUUCACAAUCAACCAAGACAAGGAUAACGUUGCGUUGUGUUUUGCGACUGAUGAUGAUGAUGCUAAUUUCAUUCACAUAUUGUGCUAUCAUUACAAUUUCAAUCCAUUUACACAAUAGAGAAGCAUACAGUAGUAGCUUUUCGCUUCACGCAUAAGAGAUAUAACCAUAGUACAUUAAACAACAGCAAGCAAGCAACAAACAGAGCCAGUACAUUAUACUACAAUAGUUUCGUUCUCUCAGUGUGUAUCUGUAAGGAUAGAUUUAGACGUCGUAACCCCAGUUUGCUGUUUUUCUUUUACAAUAAUACACACACACAUUCACACACAUUGACACAUUACACAAUAAAAAAUAGAACCAAACAGCAGUACCAUUACAUACCUACCUUUUCAUCAAACACCAACAGCGAAACCAGGAGAAUCGUCACCGAAUAUCUGGUGAUACACACUCUGUCACUUGCUUAUAAAAAAGUAGAUAGAUGUAAUGCUUCUUCUGUGUUAAGCUUUGUCUAUUACAAUAGAGAUAUCAAUAGAAUUCUAAGCUAUCACCACUAAUACAAUACGAUAGGGACACACUCAUACCAUAAAACAACAAGUAAGCCAAACCAAUUUUACAGUAAACUCUACAAUCAAUGCUUCACCACAACAGCUACAACAGAACAGACAGCGUUCUCAAAUCAAAACAGUAUCACUCCUUCAUAUAGUGUAUCUUGUAUCUGCACAAACUUACAAUAGGCUCUUACAACAACCAACAAGCAAGCAUAUAGUGUUGAAAUAAUUGUUUUUUCCCCGUAAUAAGACUUCAUGGUGGGUCGUUCGGGGGUCAACGAUGUUUGCCAAUGCAAUAGAAACAGAGAAAAUAAUUUAAACAAUCACGUUUACGUUUUUCGAUCCUAUUCAGUGCAUUUUCCAACACACAUCCCUCCUUUAGUUUGUUUAUACGUGCUUCUUGCGUGUGUCUUAGUUUUGAAAAGUUGUUUAAGAUUUCCUAAGUUAUCUCACGUCUCAGUAAAACGCGUCUUAGAAAAUGGGAGAAAAAGAACGAAUGUGUACUUGUGUACUUGAACUUGAUAGAUUGAUUUCAACACGACUAUAACGACAACCACAACCAAAACCAACCAACAAAUCAUCACAAAUCUCCUAAUUACCUUCAUCGAUCCCAGUUUUCUGAAACUAAUUUUAAAAGCAAAUAAAACAAAGUUGCGUAUUAUGAAGAAAAAAAAACAAGCGAAAUACGUUCCUUUCCGUUGUGAUACUAUAAAGAGCAAGGGCGACAGAUUUGAGGGCAAUGUUUCGAUAUGAUGAGUGUGUUUGUGUGUUUGUGUGGUGGGGAGAGGGCAACAACCCCUUUUCCCAGAAGCGAAAUGAUUAAAAGAUGAGAGAGCAGUAACGAUCGUACUACGUGAUGCAAGGUUUUAUUUGGAUUUGAAUUAUUUGUUAGCAUUAGUUGUAUUAAACAAAAAGAUUGCAAUUCUAAUCCUCUUUUCAUCCCUGUUGGUGAUGUGUGACACGCGCAACAUCAAUGCUUUUUUCUUGUUUGUUUUCGUUUAACUCAAUCGAGUGCAAACUUAUUUUAGCUGAAAUAGUCUAUAUUAAUAUAGUUAACGAUUUUAUAAAACCAUUUUUUCAUAUAUACAUGUAUACAUAUAGGUAUGUUUUUAUGUGUAUGCAUUAUUAAAGUCUUUCUUUUAGUUUGUUUUAGUAGCAAGAGUGGUAAGAAAAUCUGUGUGUGUUUGUUAAGAAAAAGUCGAAUAACAAUGGAUUAAUUAAGCGUAACGCCAAGAUCAAGAACACGCACUGGUGAGCUCAUCAUUUCAUGAAACCAUCCACAAUCAUCUAAUAAAAGAAAAAGCGAGUUGAGUUAAACUAAAUACAAAACAUUAUGUAAUAUGCGUAUCGAAGAGAUGAGGAUAGCUGAACAUAAUUCAUCCUAGAUGAGCACAUCAUUAUUGCGAACAAAAUUGAAAUGCUGAGUGUGUAAACGUAUUUACAGUAACACCAAGAUUGCAGAAAUUGCGCAAAAAAGGGUAAUUAUCUUUCUUUUACUAAAUCAUCGCACAACUUGUAAAAUCUGAAGUGUUGGAAAGUAACUGGUGAGAAGAGCGUAGCGGGAUUUGAAUGAUUGUGCUCGUUCGGGAACGUUUGUAAUUCGUAAUAUGAUUGUAAUGCAAAAGUACACAACAGGUCUGAGUAAAAUAUGUAGUCUUUACGCAAACUUACGCCAUAUUAUACAAAGCAGCUAAUGAAGUGGAAAGAAAACAAAAAGGAAGGAAGCAAAAAGAAACGCUGAAAAUUGUUAAGUCGACAAAAGGAAAAGAAGACAAACUGAGGAAUAUGAUAAGGAAAGGCAAGGAUAUGAAAUUUGGAAACUAACAAUAGAGAUGAGUCAUAUAAAAAAAAAAACAGUACACUUUAUGAGUUGUUGUUUUUUCAUUUAUUUUAUCGUGUUUUAUUCUUAUUCUGUUGUAUUGAUUUACAAAUUGGUGCUAUUUACUAAAUUAUUUUUUAUUUUCAGAUAUUUAUAUGAAUUGCUGGCAGCGCUAAAAGGAUGUAUUAUAUUAACUUUGUUUGUUCUAAUUUUGAGAAAUUAUUUUAUUUAUUUUUACAUCCUAAAACUUGAAUUUCAGUUUCAGUACCCACAACAAGCGUAGUGUGAUCGUCACUGAUUUCCAAUCAACGUCGUAUAAGAGUUAAACAGAAGUUGCCGUGCGGAACUUUUCGAAACAAUAGUGCCCACUCUAGUCAAUGAGAUGAGAGAUUUGUGGUUUUUACUUUUCCUCCCAUUAUAUUGGGUUGUAUUGGGGAAUAUUUUGUUUUUCAGCAAACACAUAUAAAGUAUUCAUUUACCAUUUUACCACAAGGAGACAUGUACAAAAGUAGUGGCAACCUUAGCACAUUUUCACAAUGUAACGAAUGUGCAAGAAGCUACACAAUAACGACACAACAUGUUGUACUUGUAAUAUGUUCAGUUUGUUGUUAAGUUGUUAUAGCGGAUGUAAAUACAAAGAGAGGAACAGAAAACAUGCAGAAAAAAGGAAGAAGUAAUGGAAAAAAGGGAAAAAGGCAAAAUUAAAAUAGCCAGGACGAAGAAGUAAAACAAUAAGGCAAAAACAAACGAAAGAAAAAUGUGGUAAAAAGUGUAAGUAGCAAAAAGAUAUCGGAUUCAGUUGAAUGAUGAGGCAAAUAAGAGAAUGAAGAAUCAUAACAUUAUUGUACAUUUUUGUCAACUAUUUGUAUCCUUUUUUCUCACAUUACACACUUUUUAGUAAAGGGUAAAACAAUUCGCCCAAAAUGAUGUUGAAUGGUUUUUUUUACAACUUCAAUCUAAUAAAAACAAAACAAUACCUAGAAAGUGAUAUGAAAAAAGACAACGUUUUUGCUGCCACUCGUGUGUGUGUGUCUGUAUAUAAACGAGUGUGCAGGACGAGAGAAGGAAAUGAGUAAAACAAACGAGGAAAAGAAUACGAGGAGAAAGAAAAUCGUGUAAUUUAGUAAUAACAGAGAACUAAGGAGGAACGUUGGUGUUGCUAUAGUGAUUGCAGUGUAUGUAAAAAAAGCACUCGGGAUAGGAAAAUCGAGACAGUUCAAGCAUAAAGCAGGCUGCGUAAUUGUGGUGAUCUAUUUUUAGCAGAACAAAGUCGUGCGGAAACGAACUUCCGGAACGGAUCGAGCGCGGAAAAUCGAGCUGAAACGGGAGAGAAAGGAUCGAGCGUAAUAAGUAUUAAAGGAAUUCGUGCUUGUAAAUAAGUAAAAAUGAAGCUGUGCACAACAAAAACUGGAAAAAACUGGAAAAUCUUAAGGACUGCUGUGACUGUCUGUGAGAUUCAGUGGAAAAGGGAGUAUUGCAACAACCACAUUAUACAAUUGUGUGUGUGUCGUCUACGCGUUCUUGUGUUCAAAGCUGAAGGCAGGUGUGUGUGUAUGAGUGCAAAAGAAUGAACUCUACCAAACGAAUACGAAAGGAUAUUUAAAAAGGUCGAAGGGCGAAGGUGGAAAGAAAUUGUGAGUAAUUUCCUUUAUUUUACACUAUUUUACAAUUUUACUUUUCAAUUACGAACUAUAGGGACAGAAGUGAAUAACAAUAAAUCCGCAUAGAAGAGAUGGGAAAUCGUAUGUGUGUGUGUGAAAGACAGAAUCAGUAUUUGGCCGGCUUGAGCAAUAUUGAGGGACCGUCGAAUAAUAAUAAUAAUUAUUAAAUACUAGUGUUCACAGCAAUCUUUUAGCCGGGAAAGAUGUGAGAUACGAAACAACACACACACAGGAGAGCAAUGGAAAGGAGAAGCGCGAAACGAACACAAAAGGAACAGACAAAAAAACACACACAUAAAAAUCUUUGCAUACAAAUCAUGUGCAGCAUAGCUGCAUUUUAUACGAAUUUUCUAUUUAAAAAACGAAAACAAUUGGACAGACGCACAAACACACUCCUUUUUACACUUGCUUCGGGAAUGGUGAGCAAGUUUUAUUUUUUGAAAUCGUACGGGUUCUUCAAGCAAAUGUGAGGUUCAGAGGGAGAGGGAGAGAGAGUGAACCGGGUGAUUUAUUGCGAUUUUGUACGGAAAUUAAUCGCUGGAAAACGGCCGAUAACAAUUCGCUUAUAUUUAAUGUGUGUGUGUGUUUGUAUGUGAGUGUAUAGAUAAGAUGAAAGAUGAAGCAGAAAGAAGUGUGAUAGGAGCUAAAGAUUAUUGUAUUUUUUCUAUUGUUUUGCUUGAUUUUAUUGCCUAUGCUAUUUUGUAAAUUCUAAUAUCAGGAAAAAAAAUGCUUUGGUUGAAGUUUUCUCUUUGUAUGAAAAAUUCUUGUAAAGAUAAUGUUUUACAAUGUAUAAUUCAAUAAUGGAGCUGUACCAUGAUUUAAAGAUAGAAAUCCCUAACAUGUUUACAAUGUAUGGAAUUUAGUUUAAAGGGUAGCUGAAAUUAACACAUAAAAACACACAGCAUACAUAUAAAAGCAGGGGAAUGAUGAUAAGACUCAACAGCGCAUUGUAAGGAAAAUGGAGAGAAAGUAAUAAGGUAAAAGAAAUUAAAAUGUAGUAACGCAAAAUUAUUCACCAUACACUUUAGCGAUAUUUCGAUAAAAAAAAGCAAACAGAAAACAAGGAUUGGGGUCACAGGGGACAGCAGAGAAAGGAAUGAAGAAAGGAGUUUAGAUUGGAAAAGCAAAACAUUUUCUAAUCGUCUUGCCUCCGCCGCCGCCGAAAGAACAUGUACACACGCUAUCGUAAAUGUGAGUAGAGCACAGCAGUAAUGAUCAAAAAAACGUCGAAGAAAUGAAACAUACAGGAUGAGACCAGCAAACACACAUUUAAACAGACGUAAAAGGUUCUGGCUUGGGGAAAGUAGAAUGGAAAAAAAAA